CUCUCUCUCUCUCUCUGCCUUCAAUUCUUCGACCAAUCUGCCUAAGAGCGACAAUGAACGACCUUCUCAAGGAUUCUUCUGCAGCUUCGAAACUCAAGUCUCCAGGUGGAUUAGAUAUCGAAUUAGGAAUUCCCGCGGAGAGUUUCAAGUCAGAUUAUGGCAUGGAAGAUUUUUUUAAAGAGGUGAAAGAGGUAGAGGAUUUAAUGGAAAAGCUCAAUAUAAAUCUGAGGAAGCUUCAGGAAGCUAAUGAGGAGACAAAAUCGAUCACGAAAGCUUCUGCAAUGAGAGCAAUCAAGAAAAAAAUGCAAAGAGAGAUGGAUGAAGUAGGAAAGAUCUCACGGGCGAUCAAAAUUAAGUUAGAGGAAAUCGAUCAAGAUAAUUUAAGAAAUCGUAAGAAACCUGGUUGUGAAAAAGGAACAGCCGUUGACCGAUCAAGAUUGUCCAUGACAGUUACCCUGAAAAAAAAGUUGAAGGAUAGCGUAAAUGACUUUCAGAUUUUGAGACAAACUAUACAAGAUGAAUACAGAGACGUAAUCGAGAGAAGGGUCUUUACAGUCACUGGGACUAAGCCAAAUGAAGAGAUGAUUGAUCAACUCAUUGAAACUGGUGAUAGUGAGCAAAUAUUUCAGAAGGCUAUUAAUGAAAUGGGGAGAGGACAGGUGGUUGAUACCUUGGAGGAGAUUCAAGAAAGGCAUGAUGUUGUCAUGGAGAUCGAAAAAAAAUUAAUCGAGCUUCAACAGAUAUUUACAGACAUGGCACUUCUGGUUGAAUCACAAGGAGAGCUGUUAGAUAAUAUUGAAAACCAGGUAGCGAAUGCAGUUAACCACGUACAAAGUGGAACAGAAGCUCUCCAAAUCGCAAAAACCCUGCAGAAGAAAUCAAGAAAAUGCAUGAUGAUAGCUAUCAUCCUACUUCUAGUUAUUGCAGCCAUUAUUGUUCUCACAAUUGUUAAACCUUGGAAAUGA